CAUUUGGGUGCAAUGAAUUUACUAACCAAUCUUCUGCUAUGUUGGUUUUGGAUUCAAAAUGCCAGCGGCAAGGAGGACAGCAGAUUGCCGACUUUUUGCCAAAAGAGAAAAAAUGUUGUGUUAAAAGUCUAGACUUUUGGGAUAAUCAUCACUGGAAAGACCUUGAUCAUGAAUUCAAAGAAAAUCUUUUCGCAAUAUCUGGAUCAUUGGGCAAGUUUUUAGUAAAG